AGUAUGAAAACGCCCCAGUAACACGUACCUCCGUAACUUCGAGCCACAAUUUCCCCACCAAGUUCACAUCGACCGUGCUCAAUACCGUCAACCUCCAGAAAAUGGCACAACUCAUUCCAAGCACCAUACCCGUGCGGGUGUUUGAAGAUCACGAAGCACGCGUAUCCGCAGUCGCAGUUUUCUCUGAUAAACGGCGUAUGGUCACAUGCUCGUACGACACGACGCUUCGUCUGUGGGACUUGACGACAGGUGUGGUGUUGAAGAAGAUGGAGGGGCAUCACAGUCGGGUGCGGGCGUUGGCGGUAUCGCGGGAUGGACAGUUUAUAGCAAGUGGUGACACCAACGGAGAGCUCUUUGUCUGGGAUGGAGAAACCGGCGAGCCUCUCACCGAAGCUAUCAGUGCCCACACCGGUUGGAUAUUAUCGCUAGACUUUUCUUCAGAUGGGAAAGUGCUGGCCAGUGGGUCAACAGACUCGACGACGAAGCUGUGGAACACUUCAACGUGGAAGCUGGAAGGAAACGCAAUUAACUGUGGUACAAGCGUCCGCUGCGUUCGGUAUUUUCCAGCGCCACAUUCAUAUUCACGCGAACAUCUUCAACUUGCAAUUGCAACAGAGCACAAUAUCCAAAUUUACCACGCUGGCUACGACGAUUGGGACUACAAUUCAUACUAUGCAGCCUAUACUUCAAACCUCCGUAACCGUAACAACUAUGGAUAUUACGGCCACUAUUCCGACAAUUCAUACAACAAUCCCAAAACAAAAGCCGACUUCAGCAGCUCCUUCCAGGCUCAGCAUAAGAAUACAGUUCCAGGACUCCACAACUACUCACUCGCGUGGACACCCGAUGGAUACCUACUCACAGGGGGAGAUCAUCAAGAUCCCACCAUACGAAAGUGGUACCCGAAUUCAUCGACCUGGACGCAGUAUAAUGGACCGUGGAGUGCCUCCGCAUCUGAUGACAACCAUGUCCGCCUCUUGCGGUUCUCAGAUCUACGAACCAUCGCCGUAUUCAAGCACUCUGGCGAGGUGAACUGCGUCAUCUUCUCCGCAGAUGGCAGGCACAUCCUCAGCGGAGGUGUAGAUAAGAAGAUCUCGCAGUGGUCAGCAUCCGAAGACGCUUUGCCAGAGGAUGGUUCAAAGGAUGGUCUCAUGAAGGACCAGGUGUUACACCGGGCACGUUCCCUUCUUUGAUUCUGAUAACGCCAAACGAACAUGCUCCACGCAGGUUCUCGCUAUUAAGACGACAGUCCGCAAUGCAUGCAUAGCUGGGGACU